UUCCAGAAAACGCUGGUUAGGAGCUGAAAACAACAAAAACAGCAACGGGACAAUGUUAACGCUGUUGACGUCCAUGUAUCUGGUGGUACGGGCAGGCUGAACCACUCCGGGUUGUUGUGACUGGUGCUGCUGGUCAGAUAGCCUACUCCCUGCUGUACAGCAUCGCUAAAGGAGAUGUGUUUGGGAAGGACCAGCCCAUCAUCCUGAUCCUACUGGACAUACCCCCAAUGCUUCCAGUGCUAGACGGGGUCGUCAUGGAGCUGCAGGACUGUGCCCUCCCACUUCUGAGGGAGGUCAUCCCCACUGACAAGGUGGAAGUAGGCUUCAAGGACAUCGAUGCAGCCAUCCUGGUGGGCUCCAUGCCCAGGAAGGACGGGAUGGAGAGGAAGGACCUGCUCAAGGCUAACGUGGCCAUCUUUAAGACACAGGGAGCAGCCCUGAAUAUGUACGCCAAGAAGACUGUGAAGGUUUUGGUGGUUGGAAACCCAGCAAACACAAACUGUCUGAUUGCAUCCAAGUCUGCUCCAUCCAUUCCCAAAGAGAACUUUUCUUGUCUGACCAGACUAGACCACAACAGAGCAUGCUCCCAGGUAGCCAUACGUUGUGGUGUGUCUUCUGACAACGUGAAGAACGUCAUCAUCUGGGGGAACCACUCCUCCACUCAGUACCCUGAUGUCCAUCACGCCAAGGUGAACGUCCACGGCACAGAGAAGGCUGCCUACGACGCUGUGAAGGAUGACUCCUGGCUUAGAGGAGACUUCAUCUCUAUGGUUCAGCAGCGAGGUGCUGCAGUCAUCAAGGCAAGGAAGUUGUCAAGUGCCAUGUCUGCUGCCAAGGCCAUCUGUGACCACAUGAGAGACAUCUGGUUUGGCACCAAGGAGGGUGAAUUUAUCUCCAUGGGAGUGUUUGCUGCAGGAAACACCUACGGCAUUCCAGAAGACCUCAUUUACUCCUUCCCUGUUCAGAUUAAGAACAAGACCUGGAAGAUAGUGGAUGGGCUCCCCAUUAAUGACUUCUCCCGGGCCAAGAUGGAUGCCACUGCAGCUGAGCUGGUGGAGGAGCGAGACACUGCCCUGAACUUCUUGUCUCAGUGACCAACCUCUGCAAUCCCACAGCAGCAACUAGAUCUUCCAAAGACCGGCUGCUCUCAGUUGUGAACACAAUGCCCUCCACUUUAAGAUUCAUCUGAGCUGGUGUCACCUUUGAGUGUGUUGUGUGUAUGCGUGCAUCAGUGUGUGUCACAGGCCACUUCUUCAGGUUUAUUAACCUCCACAACCUGGCCUCCUCUGUCUGCAAAACACAAAGGGAUGUUUCUGUUAGUUAGAUGAAAAUGCACACAAACUGUAACAAAACAUCUUCUCUUCAGUAAAAACUACAAAAUAUGAAAGCCCA